AUGGUGCUAUUGGUAGGGCCCCCACUUGGUAUUGCUCGCACUUAUUUUGCGUCGAAGGACUCCAUCACGUACGCGUUGUUGGGACGCACAGUACGUAGACGAUCCAGGAACAUUUGCGUAUUCGUUAGAGCGGCUCGAAUGUACUUCAACGACUUGAAGUUCACAUUAUUCACCGUUACCGUCGUCGCAGUGCAGACUGUGGACUCAUUCAAAGAAGUCCAUGACGCUGGCUUCGUCCACCGUGACGUUAAACCGUCCAACUAUGCUAUUGGAUUACCAGGAACACCGAAAGAAAAGCUUAUCUACAUUCUCGAUUUCCGUUUGGCAAGAUCAUUUAGAAAGGUAACUCCGGAUGGCAGGGAAGUGCUUCGGAAUCCACGAAAAGUUGUACAGUUCAGGAAAAACAUGACAGAUCACGGACCAACCGAGCGUGAAAAGACCUUGAAAGAAGCCGAUCUUCUGGAACAAUGUCCCAAAGAGUUCGAGCUCUACGUUGUUCAUUUGGAACAAGAGCGUGACGUUCAGUACACAUCCGUUGGAACUCAAGAUAUUGGAAAAGGCUGGAGCACUACGCAAAUUAAGCUGGAUGGAUGUUGGAGCCGAAUUGUGCUUGACCUCUUAGCGAUUAAGAGCGUGGCGUUCAGUACACAUCCGUUGGAACUCAAGACCGAAAGCCACAUCACAAGAUCUAACUACCGUCACACUGAAUCAACUACUGAACAUACCGAGCAACCUAGGCGAGAUCACCGAGGAGGUGAGUGUCGUUUUCAGAAAGGCCAGUUAACCUUGUCUUAG